GGGCUCCCCACCCCAUUGUCUUAGCCAUGCUGCCUCGCUCCCGUGACCCAGGAAGCUGAUGCCCACCACCUGCCCCAGAGCCCAGCCUGAACCGGAAGACCUCAGGUGAAGAUGGGGAACUCGGAGAGUCAGUAUACCCUCCAGGGGUCAAAAUCUCACAGCAAUUCCCUCGUUGGUGCUAAGCCAAAGCCUUGCUCGCUGAAGAUCCGCAGCCUUCAUGCCAAAGAGGAGAAGUCCCCGCACGGAUGGGGCCACGGUGCGGGCUACAAGUCCAGGGCACUGGCCCGUGGCUGCCUGUCUCACCUCAAGACCACCCAGCCCUACUCGGCCAGGCUUGACAAAAGCAGUGGCCCCGCCAAGCACAGGACCAGCGGCCUCCCUGCUGCUCUGCCCCCCAAGAACGGCUUCCUGGAGCCGGUGGCCAGCCUGAGAGAUGUCACGGCUCACCUGCACCCCUACUCUGGGCACCCUGAGAGCUUGGCGUCCACGCCACCUGAGGAGGACCGAAGCAGCCCCCGGGUGCGCAUCAAGACACUGGGCAAGGUGGACGGGUGCCUCCGGGUGGAGUUCCACAGUGGAGGCUCCCAGGACCCCCCCGGCCACUCAGAUGGGCCGGUGCAGCUGUUGCGCUACUCACCAGCCCUGGUACCUGGUGCCCCCUCGCCACCUGGUGUCUGCGCCCAAGUCCUCACGUCCCGGCCACGCUCCAGCAAGGGCAGCAGUGACCUGAGCUCUGAGUCGUCCUGGUAUGACUCGCCCUGGGGGCCUAGCGGCAGCGGUGGUGGGGAGGUGAGCGAGAUCAGUGAGUUUGAAGGCUCCUUCCCGGCCCCUGGCCUGCUGGGCACCAGCCGGCACGCCAGUCUGCAUAGCAACUUCCCCUCCCGGGACACCCCGAAACCUUUCAACCAAAGCUCUUCGCUCUCCUCCCUACGGGAUCUGUACUCCGAUGUGCCCCUGGGCCCACAGCUGUCUGAGGACUACAUGGGUCCACAGCAUGGGCUCAGCACCCGAGUGUCCUUUGCAUUCGACAUGGACAUGCCCUCGCGGGUGGGACGCGGGGAUUCCCUUGGCCAUUAUGGACCCUUCACCUCCUUCACCCUCCCGUGCCGCAAGUCUAAAGCCCUGACCGAGGACGUGUCUAAGAACUCGCUAAAGGCUCGAAUGCGUCGCAUCAGUGACUGGACUGGAAGCCUAUCCAGGAAGAAAAGGAAACUGCAGGAGCCAAGAUCCAAGGAGGGCAGCGAGUACUUUGACAGCCACUCCGAUGGCCUAAACCUGGACCCACAGGGGCCCUCGCAGUCCUGUCUGUGGUCGGCGGACUCCAUGGUUGGUCUGUCCCAGAGAAGCCAGUCAACCCAGGCCAUGGGUAGUGGCCCCCUGCGGCAGAACAUUUAUGAGAACUUUAUGCGGGAGCUGGAGAUGAGCCGGACGCACACGGAGACCGCCGACUCGUCAUCAGAGACGGCCGAGACGAGCAGUGAGUCCCUGAGCUCUUGGGAGCAGCUGGACCUGCUGUUUGAGAAGGAGCAGGGGGUGGUGCGCAAGGCCGGCUGGCUCUUCUUCAAGCCCCUCGUCACCUUGCAAAAGGAGCGGAAGCUGGAGCUAGUGGCACGCAGGAAGUGGAAGCAGUAUUGGGUGACGCUGAAAGGCUGCGCGCUGCUCUUCUACGAGACCUAUGGAAAGAACUGCUCGGACCAGGCCAGCGCUCCGAGGUGUGCUCUUCUCGCUGAGGACAGCAUCGUGCAGGCAGUGCCUGAGCACCCCAAGAAAGAGAACGUCUUCUGCCUCAGCAACGCUUUCGGCGAUGUCUACCUUUUCCAGGCCAGCAGCCAGACGGACCUGGAGAACUGGGUCACGGCCCUGCAUUCGGCCUGUGCAUCUCUGUUCGCCAAGAGGCAGGGGAAGGAGGAUACGGUCCGGCUGCUAAAGAGCCAGACCCGGAGCCUGGCCCAGAAGAUCGACAUGGACAGCAAGAUGAAGAAGAUGGCUGAGCUGCAGCUGGCUGUGGUGACGGACCCCAAGAACAGGAAAGCCAUCGAGAACCAGAUCCAGCAGUGGGAGCAGAACCUGGAGAAGUUCCACAUGGAUCUCUUCCGGAUGCGCUGCUAUCUGGCCAGCUUGCAGGGUGGGGAGUUGCCAAACCCCAAGAGCCUCCUGGCUGCUGCCAGCCGCCCCUCCAAGCUGGCCCUCGGCCGCUUAGGCAUCUUGUCUGUCUCCUCCUUCCACGCACUGGUGUGCUCCAGAGACGAGUCGGCGCUGCGAAAAAGGACGGUCUCCCUGACACAGCGGGCACGUGCCAAGAAGGGGAUCUUCUCCUCCCUCAAAGGCCUCGACACCCUGGCCAGGAAGGGCAGGGAGAAGAGACCCUCCGUCGCCCAGAUAUUCGAUUCAAGUGGCAGCCAGGGAUUUUCUGGAACUCAGCUACCUCAGAACUUCAGUCAUUCCUGUGAGGUGAAUGAACUCCUGCAUCUCCCUGGGCCAAUGGGUGAUGGCGUGGCACGAGACAGCUCGUGGGAAAUCCAGACUGAAGUUCGCUUUCAGGACAAUCAAGAAGUGACCUUAGUGAUCAAGCCAGAGCACCGAGUGGAAGAUAUUUUGACUCUCGCAUGCAAGAUGAGACAGUUGGAUCCCAACCACUACGGCCUCCAGCUUCGAAAAUCAGUUGAUGAGAACGUUGAGUACAGCAUCCCCUCACCUGAUGAUUACAUGCAAGAACAGGUUUUUGAUGAAAUCGAAGUCUUUCCUCUGAAUGUGUGUGAUGUGCAGCUCACCAAGACUGGUGCCAUGUCUGACUUUGGCUUUGCGGUGACAGCGCAGGUGGAUGAGCAGCAGCAUCUCAACCGGAUAUUUAUAAGCGAUGUUCUCCCUGAUGGCUUGGCAUAUGGGGAAGGGGUGAGGAAAGGUAAUGAGAAUAUGACCUUAAAUGGGGAAGCCAUGGCGGACCUGGAUGUGAGGCAGAUGGAAGGCCUGUUGGCUGAGAGGAGUGUGGGACUGACUCUUCUCGCCCGGCCCCCCGCUGACAAUGGGACCCUGAGCAGCACCUGCUCAGAGACUGAUCUUAUCUCAAGGGCCCAGAAAAGCCUACUGCCCCCACCAAAUCAGUCCCAGCUGCUGGAGGAAUUCCUGGAUAACUUGAAGAAGAACACCCCACAUGAUUUCAGCAAUGUCCCCGACAUCUCGACUGGCCUGAAAAGGAGCCAGACCGAUGGCAGGCUGGACCAGGUGUCCUGCAGGGAGCAGACAGAACAGACCUCCCGGAGUGCCGAGCAGAUCGCAGUGCUCUACAAGAGUUUUCAGGACCCCCAGACUGACGGCAUGGAAAGCCCGAUGGCCGGCCGGGAGCCCCCUGCAAAGCCACUAGCCCGGCACCUGUCCGAGGCCGACCGGCUCCGCAAGGUCAUUCAGGAGCUGUUGGACACAGAGAAGACCUAUGUGAAGGAUCUGAGCUGCCUCUUUGAGCUCUACUUGGAACCGCUUCAAAGCGAGGCCUUCCUGACCCAAGAUGAGAUGGAGUCUCUGUUCGGGAGUUUGCCGGAGAUGUUGGAGUUCCAGAAGGUGUUUCUGGAAACGCUAGAGGACGGGAUUGCAGCAGCGUCUGACUUCGACACGCUGGAAAUACCAGCCCAAUUUCGAAAACUUCUAUUCUCCCUGGGAGGCUCGUUCCUUUAUUAUGCAGACCACUUUAAAUUGUACAGUGGAUUUUGUGCCAACCACAGCAAAGUACAGAAGGUUCUAGAGCGAGCCAGGACGGACAUGGCCUUCAAGGCCUUCCUGGACGCGCGGAACCCCACCAAGCAACACUCGUCCACGCUCGAGUCCUACCUCAUCAAGCCCGUGCAGCGAGUGCUCAAGUACCCGCUGCUGCUCAGGGAGCUUGUGUCACUCACGGACCACGAGAGUGAAGAGCACUACCACUUGACAGAGGCUCUAAAGGCAAUGGAGAAAGUAGCGAGUCACAUCAAUGAAAUGCAGAAGAUCUACGAGGACUAUGGGACUGUGUUUGAUCAGUUGGUUGCUGAGCAGAGCGAGACUGAGAAGGAGGUAACAGAACUAUCGAUGGGGGAGCUUCUGAUGCACUCAACUGUUUCCUGGCUCAAUCCAUUUCUGUCUCUAGGAAAAGCCAGAAAGGACCUGGAGCUGACCGUGUUUGUUUUUAAGAGAGCUGUCAUCCUGGUUUAUAAAGAGAACAGCAAGCUAAAGAAGAAACUGCCCUCCAAUUCUCGGCCUGCGCAUGGUUCCACGGAUCUGGACCCGUUUAAGUUUCGCUGGCUGAUCCCCAUCUCCGCCCUGCAGGUCCGACUGGGGAACACAGCAGGGACUGAGAACAGCGCCCUCUGGGAGCUGAUCCACACUAAGUCGGAGCUGGAGGGGCGACCGGAAACCACCUUCCAGCUGUGCUGCAGUGACAGCGAAAGCAAGACGAACCUGGUCAGGGUGAUCCGGGCAAUCCUGCGGGAGAACUUCCGGCGCCACAUCAAGAAUGAGCUGGACAGGCCCUGCAAGGAGCGCCCCGGGCCCCUCAAGAACCGCGUGCCCGUGUCGGCCAAGUUAGCGUCCUCCCGGUCCUUGAAGGGCAUCAAGAACUCCUCCAGCAGCGAGGGGGCUGGAGAGCUGGGCAAGAGCAGCUCCGUGGACUCGGACGAGGGCAGCCUGAGCGGCAGCACCCAGAGCAGCAGCCACACGGCCGGAGGCGCGCAGGACCCGCACCCCACCCUGGCCCACCUCAUAGACGGGCUCAUCAAGGAAAGCGACAUCCUGAGCGAUGAGGAGGAGGAAGUGGAGGAGGAGGAAGGCGAGGAGAAAAACGGGGAGGAGGGCUCCCCUCAGACUCCCCAGCAGGGCAGCCCCACCAAGGACAUCGAGCUGCAGUUCCAGCGGCUGCGAAUCUCCGAGGCUCCUGGCUCGUCGCCACCGCCACAGCCCAAGCUGGUCCGAGGGCAUUUCUGUGCCAUCAAGCGCAAAGCCAAUAGCACCAAGCGGGACCGGGGGACACUGCUGAAGGCCCAGCUGCGCCACCAGUCCCUGGACAGUCCCUCGGAGCACGCCAGCCUGGAUCUCAGCGCCGUCCUGGACCGCGACUUCAGCGUCCAAAGCUUGGCGUCGGUGGUCAACGAGGAGUGCUUCUACGAAGCCGGGACCCACGGGAAGUCCUAGGGU